AUGUAAGACUAUAGGGGGAAUUUCAAAAGAAUUGAAUUUGGUAUUUAAUAAACUCCAGCCAAAUCGACGACAAAUAUGAAUGAUUUUCAAUCCUCUUAAAAAUUGAAAUACGAUUAAAUGAGCAAUAGACCUUAAUCUGUCAAUGUCAGCUUUGUUAAUGCUCCAGUCACAACUGUCUCAAAAGAGCUUUUCACCUUGUAAAUUCCUGUAAAAGUGAAAUAGGUUACAGAUGAUUGGAAUACAUAAUUGACUUUGAAAAUGAUUAUGCAAUAGAGUUAAUAAGCUCAUGGUUAAACCCUAAGGAUUGAGUUGACAGAUGAUAGCAAUUUAUAGUUUUUGUAGAUCCUUGAUUUGACAGAAGGUGAGUUUUUGGCGUUAAAAAAUGAAUAAAGUUUGCAUGUUGAUUUUGCCACUUUUCCAAUGAAACUUGCAGAUUUGUUAUAAUUAUGUAUAAAUAGUUAAAGAGAUGAAAAAGUGAAGUAUAAAAUGUGAGAUUAUUUAGUUUUUAUGUUUGUUUGGAGACAAAGAAUGGAGAAUCAACCCUUGCAGUCAUUGAAAAUAAUGAGUUUAAAAAAUUGACCCAUUUGUCCUUGAGAUUACGCAGUGCAACAGAUGACUUAAUAAAGGCAUUUUUAGCAAAUAAAUUGGCCGUAGAAAGACAAGAGAAUGAAGAACAAUAAAAAAGAAAUAAAAAGUUAACUGAGUUAUUGGAAGAGAAACAUUGGGAACUCGAAAAUUUAAAGUCUGAAAUUAGGAAAUUCACAGAAGAUAAAGAUACAGCAAUACAAUAAUUAUUAUUAGAUGAAUAGAAGAAAUUCAAUGAUUUUAGAGAGUAAUCCUUGAGCAAAGAAACUAAUUUUAAAAGAGAAAGUGAAAAUGAAAAGCAAUUCAUUAUAGAGAAAUACGAUAAGAUAGUAUAUGAAUUAUAGAAUAAGUACACACAACUCUAAUAGAUUAAUUAAGAGAUCUCUGAUUAAAAGUCAUAACUAAUUCAAUAGGAAAGAGAACUCAAAAACAAAUUAACAAUACUUUAAUAGGAAAAUUAAUAAUUUUAAAAGGAGAAUUAAGAAUUUAGAUUAUAAAAUAAAGAAUUGGACACUUUAAAGUUUACUUAAGAAAGAUAGUUGAUUGAAUUAAGAAUUUAAAAGGAAGGAUUUGAAAAGUUGAUACAUGACAAGGAAGAAUAUUUGAAUAAUAAAUAACAAUUAGUAGAUAAUGAGAAAAAAUAGAAUGUAAAAUAUUCAUUAAUCUUCUAAGUCUAUUCUUGAAGAAUAAGUAGCAAACUAAAAAAAAUAAAUAGAAAAACUUGAAUCCAGAAUCAGUGUCAUGAGUGAAGAAGUGAAUAAAGGAAAUCAAAUUAUAGAAAAGCUGGAGAAUGAGCUUAGUAAAUAAAAAGAUAAAAUAAAGUUAAAGAAUACGGUUUUUCUUUAAUAAGAGUAAACUGUACAAUAGUUAUAAGAUGCAAAUGAUUAAAAUCAUAAAUAACUUAAUGAAUGUAAAGUUUUUUAAUAGAAUUAGUAAGAAGAGAGAAGGACUCUUUAGAAAUUCGAUUGAAAGAUCAAGAGAACAUGAACCUUGAUUUGAAAAACAAAUUAGCUGAGAGUUAAAAACUACUUGAAUCGAAUAACUAAAUGAUAUAAUACUUGAAUAAAUGUUUGAAUGAAACGAAAGUGUAAGCACCUGCACAAAUGCCUGGAAUAACAUCCUUAAAAAGUCAAACUUUUACGAAGUAUACAUCUCCAAUACCAUUACAAGAGGAUGUAAUAAUUGAUAUUAGUUUAGUAGAGAAGUUUUCGUAAUUAAAGUGUUACAUAUUAACAAAAUCAAAAUAAUAUGUCCUAGAUUUCAAAUGCAACAAUUUCAAAUAAAUUUAAUUUUUGAGAAUUAUGUAUCACGCC